AUGAAAAUCAAGAAGCUGCUUAACCUACAUUUUCAAUAUGCGAGGAAAACAGCAAAACCGGACACAAGCACAUACGUGUGCAUGUAUUGCAAGAAAUUAAAGAAAUACACCGCCAUAAUGGUAAAGGGAGAGGACUUUCUUGACGAUCCUGUCAUGCUCGAUCAUUCAUGCCUUCCAGUAGAGCAGGGCCUUCAAGAUGUCGAAAAACCCCAAUGCAUCUUUAUUGCCGUCGAUCCAGUGUUGGCUCAGAACCGCCGACGAUAUAGAAACAAUGUCAUGAGGAGAUGCACAAAAGAGGAUGUCCGUUUUGAUAUUGCAAAAGAGGUUGCAAAUGUAGGAGGUCCGCUUACUCCAGAAAUCGACAUGCUACGUGUACCAGACGAGUCGCUACCUCUCAGAUGGAGCCCUUUUUUGCAACUACAAGAACAGGAAAUGCACAUUUACCUUUCCGAUGAAGUGACGAAGCUUGCCGUUGACGCGGGUUUCUAUGCCCUUAUUGGCGAUGGGAUCCACCAGCUUAACCGGCGUAAUAAGCGGGGAUCUCGCACACGUGUAGAAAAGGGCCAGGUUUACACAACUCUUGGAGUCUGUAGGGGCGGAAAUGAGUUUCUACCGCUUAUGUUCACCAUAACGCGCAAUAAGCGUGAACAGGGUUACAUGGUGAUCUUCCAGCAAUUGAGGGAAGCACUUGUACGUGCCAACGCGGAGCAACAAUUAACGCAGCGCGACGAGUGUUCCCUCGCUCCUUGUCUUCCGUGCGUUCACCUCGGUGGCGAAGGCAACUCUGAAAAGGAUGGAGGCGGUAUGUUGAUUUGA